AUCCUGGAAGUAUAAGGAUGGUGGUAAUAGACGAAGCUGAUUUAAUCUUGUCAUCUGAAAGGUUCAGAUUUAUUGUUUAUGAGUUAUUGAAACUCAUGCCGAAAAUUGUACAAAAAAUUAUAUGCUUGGGCACAGUGACACACGGUAUAGAGGAUAUAGAGAAAUCAUUUAUGUCUAAACCUUUUCACGUGAAAGAGGAACUGGCAUUAGAUGGUAUACAGCAAUAUAAAAUAAGAGUAGAAGAGUUAUAUUUUCCUACAUUGGCAUUGAAGUUGGAAGCUCUAUGGGAUGUAUAUGAACAGUUUUCCAUAAAUCAAGCAGUCAUUUUUUGUAACAAAGUGGAUAAGCUUAGAGAGGAAAUGUCGUCGAAAGAGUUUCCUGUAUCUGUUCUGCACUCCAACAUUGAGCAAGAUGAAAUACAGGCUUUCAAUACAGGUUCCAGUCGUGUUUUAGUAACAGCUGAUCUGGACAUAAAUGAAAUAGAUAUCUGUAAUGUGUCCCAUAUCAUAAACUUUGAUUUUCCGUGUGAAGCAAAGGACUAUAUUCGCAGGAUUGGUCUACUGAAAAGCUUUGAAAGGGAAGGAAUUGUAAUUAACUUUGUUACAGAAGACGAUGAGGAGAGACUACGCUACAUUGAACGAUUAUACCAAACAAGAAUUAAACCUUAUGCUCAAGGGGUUAGGGUGAGCUAUUAG